ACAAGUCCACCACCACCAAUUCAUGGUGUGCAGCUGGCCAUCGUUGCCAUUCCAUACUCACUGAUAUUUAUUGUGGGAGUGCUUGGCAAUACUGCUGUACUCACUUAUGCCUUAUUCAUCACAAGGUCACUUCGUUCGUCCGUUCUCACAUUGGGCAAUACAUUUGUAUACAUUGUGGCGCUUUCGAUAGUCGAUAUGAUGGUGAUACUAUCAAUUCCAUUUCACAUGACUUCGAUGAUAAUGAACAAUUGGUUUUACGGGGAAUAUAUUUGCAAAGUGUACUGGAUACUCGAAAUGUCUAAUAAGGUGUGUUCAACAUUUAUAAUGACGGCGAUGGCUUUCGAUCGCUAUAUGGCUAUUUGUUAUCCUGGCAUUGCUCACGUAAACGCAAAUGCACUUAUUGCUAAUUGUUUAAAAACAGAGUAUUUUAUAAUGUACUGUACAACCACACAUAUAAGGGAAUGA